AUGGCUCCUGAAUGGAUUUUCAACCUCCCAAUAACCUCCAAAGUUGAUGUUUAUAGCUAUGGGAUUGUCGUGUUGGAGAUGGUAACCGGAAGGAGCCCAGCAGGUGUCCAUGCUAGAAAUGACAACAGAGGGAUGGAGCAGAGGAGGUUGAUCACUUGGGUGAAGGAGAAGAUGCAAGAAGCUGCUGGAAGUGCGUCAUGGAUUGAGGAAAUUGUUGACCCUGGAAUGGAUGGCGAAUAUGAAAUGAGCAGGAUGGAGAUUCUGGUUAAAGUUGCUUUGCAAUGUUCAGAGGAAGACAAAGAUGCAAGACCUACCAUGAGCCAGGUGGUGGAUAUGCUGCUUCAUCAAGAAAAUGAUGAUUAA